AAGUGACGUCAUGGAGAAACUGGAAGAAGCCGGAAAGGCCCGGAUGUUAGUGCUGCCUGUGUGUCGCGAUACCGCGUGACUGAAAUAUCGUGACAGGAGAGGAGUUGAAGCGGCCUGGAGUUGGUUUGAGGAGGAAGAGAGGGCUGGCAAGAUGGCAAGGGGGCAGCAGAAGAUACAAGCCCAACAAAAGAAUGCCAAGAAGCAAGCUGAGAAGAAGAAACACGGAACUGAUCAGAAAGCUGCUGCAAAGGCAGCUUUAGUCUUCACAUGUCCUGUGUGCAGGACACAGAUGCCAGACCCUAAAACGUUCAAGCAGCACUUUGAAAGCAAACAUCCUAAGUCUCCGAUGCCUCCAGAACUAGUUGAUGUGCAGGCAUAACAGUUUUCAGAUGUGUCCUCCUCUUACUGAUGAAUGCACUGAUUGAAGUGGUUUGGGCAUCUAUAAAAGACACUUCUUCAAAUCUGAGCACACCUUACCCAAUUUAAGUCAGAGAAAAAUGAUUUACAUUUCUGGACUCUGAUCCUCCAGCAGCUAAUAACUAUUC